AUGAAGACGCGGCGCACAUGGUGGCCAACGAGGCGACACCCCAACAUUCUCCGCUGCUCAGAUGGACCGCGCUUCGAGCCACCGCGAUUUGGAGUGGAGACGUCAGAAAUGACGGAUGCGGAGCUGGCUGAGGAUGAGGAGAUGGGGAACCUUGAUGAGUUCGGGGACUACUUCGACGAGCCAGACCAGGGCGAGACGACAGCCAUGGCCGUCACGGUAUGCACCACCGGUCCCUACACCAGCAAGGACCUCGGGAGCUGGAUCAAGUGCAGAGUCCUCCAGGCCGGAUAUCCAACAGUGUGCUCCAACAUGUUUUCUGAAGCCACAGCUGAAGUAGGCACCCGACAGAGGGCAGCACAGGCCUUCCAGUACUGCUCGGAGACCUUCCUGUGCGCAUGGCCGGUGUCCUUACCUCGAAUGCCUCAGUUCUGGAUCGCAUGCCUGUUAAGGUCCCUCACCAGGAACACAGCCUCGGGUUACCUGCCUACAAGUCGCAACCUAGUGAUCUUCCUUGGAGGAAGGCUGGACACAGACAGAGUGAAGGACGGAGAAUGCACCUACGGCAACUUCAACAGGGCCAGCCCCCUCAAGAACCUCCCUGCAAAGCAGGAUAUGGAGUACUCGGUGAAACCUGCCGAGGACAAGGCAUCGUCCCGACAUCACACAUCAGACACCAGGCUCAUGCUUAGCACACCGGUUGACUUCCUGAACACUUACCAGUUUGCUUGGAAUGUUAACAAGGCUGCCACGGCUGGGCUCACGACGAAGGCCAAGACGGAGUCACUACUGAAGCAGAGGCGAAGGGUCUGGAAGCAUUUGGAGCAGUGGAUGAGGACGAUUCCACGCAGACAUGGAUGCCUAGUUGUAGGUGACCUGAAUACUCCAGUGGUCAUGGAAGCCCCUAUCGCAGGACCGGGAGUGAUGGAACACAAAAAGGCCCAGCAACAAGACCAGGAGGCCUUUAUGGAAAUUCUACGAGUGAACUCGUGCACAGUCUUGAACAGUUGGACUGGUACAGGACUUCAACUACGGACCUUCAUCCCCCCUGGACCUGAGGGCCACCUGCAGGGAUCACAGAUAGACUACCUCAUAGCCAGAGGAGACCUGAACAAUCAGACAUCACGAAAAGCAGCCCCCUUUGAGGCUCCCUUUGUGCCGACCACGGGCUGCCGACACCUACCCCUGCAGGCACGGAUACCGGUGCCCAAGAAGUGUAGACCACCCACACAGGAUGGUCGCAGAAUCACGCCACACCAGGUUCGCAACAGCAUCAAGGAGCCAGACCAAGCAAGGCAGCUACAGUCGAGGAUCAACAUGGCAAUUGAGAACCAGGGUGUGAGCAUUGACCUGGAUGAGGUGAUGAUCAGGGAAUGGGAUCGAACCAGGCAAAGCCUACCUGCUGCACAGGCCUCUAUGGCAAUGCAGAACCAGCAGCAUAGUAUCAGGGAUAGUGUGCUGGAGAUGUGGAGGCUACGGGCAGACCUACGCCAUGAAGGCGACGAAGACCACACAGUGGACGGGGACCGAGUUGGUCCCAGCCUCAAAAAGCUCUGGGACUCCUGGGCCAAAGCUGCAAGGCUACAAGUCCUGACUCGCCAACUCCGCAAGGACUGCCGGCACAAGAAGACUGUGAGAAUCCUGGACGUCGUUAACUCAGAGAAUGUCUUUCAGGCAGCCAAGAGAUUCGUGGAAUUCACAGAGGAGGAGAUCAGCCUGGCACUCGGCAGACUGGCUGCCAACAAAGCAAUGCCCUCCACAAGUGCACCUGCGGCUCUGUGGAAAGGCUAUGACAUCGCCGAGUCAACUCAGACCGAUCAACUUGUUGACGCUCCAGGCGAAAAUCAUAGGCUUUGGAGAGAGUGGCUGGACAAUGUGCCGAAAUUCGGCGUCCUCAACAUCCCAAGAUGCUGCGCGGCAUAUGCGGAUGACUUCUUCUAUGGAUGGACGGUAUCCUCAGGUUCCGAGAUGGAGGCAGUCUACCGUGCCAUUCGGCAUGUUCUGGCCGGCCUGCAGGAGCAAGGCCUGCAGCUUAGCUUGGACAAGACUGCCAUAAUCCUUGAGCUGAGAGGUCGCUACAUGAAGUUUGCGAUCCACGGGGAGGCUGUCUACGUGAAGCUACAGGACACCAACAAACACAGGCUGGGGUUGGCCAAAGGUGCGUACUCCAGGCUGGGACUGGCCAAUCCGAUAGAGAGACUGCUCAAG